AUGUAUUAUAUUAUUCUCGUAAUUUUGCUAGCCUUGAUAUUGUAUUACUUUUGGACUUGCAGAUGUUAAUUGGAUUAUGUGACUAAUGACCUUAACACUUCAAUCAUUAAUAGAUGCAGUAUUAUUAAAAAUAAAAUGUUUUACUAUACGCCAUAUUUAUUCACAGGAUUGUUAUAAGCCAUUAUUGCUUCUAAAGUAUAAGAUGUGGAUCCGAAACUAAAAUUCGUGAGGGAAUAUGUAGAUUUCGGAAAGGAUUUUGGUUGUUUCGCAUUGGAUUGGGGAAGUUACGAAGGGAAAAUAAGUGAGAAGGAAGCAAAAAUAACAGAAGGUAAGCCUUUGGUCGUUGUUUUAAGGUUGAACCUUAUAUAACUAACUUUUUCUCUAAAUUUUGCCAGAAUUAAUCUGAUUGGAGGAUUGAUCUAUUUGGAUCCAAAAAGAUAAAUACUGCCAUAGAUAGGAAACUUUCAUCAUGUAGAGGAUUUUAGAAGGGUUUUGGAAUAUAUUGCAAAGCAACAUAAUAAAAGCACUAUAUAUGCUAUAGGCCAUAGUUUCGGUUCCAAUACACUUCUAAAGUAUUUGGGAAUGUGUGGAAGCAAUGGAACUGACCCAUUGAUUAAGGUAGCUGUCAGUGUUGGAAAUCCUUAUGACUUUUAACUUGGCAUGCGAUAUUUAGAAGAUAGUUUGUCUGAUUCUUAUAUAAGAAAACAUAGAUAAAGAAUAGCGAGGGAAAAGAUAGAUCAAUACUUGCCGAUACCUAAGCACAUCAAUUUGGACUUGAAUAAGGUGUAGUAAGCCAAGACUUCCUUAGAAUUUGAUACCUACUUCACUAAACCAAUAUUUGGUGCGCCUUCUGUAGACUUCCAUUAUUUAUCAAUUCAAUGUGCUAACUAUAUGGAGUUUGUCAAAAUCCCUGUAUUUUUUUUGGGUUCUUUCGAUGAUCCAGUAAUAAAUAAUAGGGCAGUCUAUCCAAGAGACGCUAUAUUAAAGAAUCCAAAUCUAAUUUCCUUAAUGACCCAAGUUGGUGGACAUAUAUCAUGGUUUGAAGGAGUGCUGCAUCCAAAAAGAUGGUACUAUAAACCUGUUUUGCAAUAUUUGAAUGCAAUUCAUUAAUUGCUCUGA